CAUAAGAUCUAUGGUUUAAAUUUCCAGUAAAUAAUGAUCUGAAUCUGAAUUGUGAUGUAUAUUAUGAAAAAUAUCAUUUAAUAGCCCUUGAUAUUUUCUCUCAUAGCUGCAGCCCCCAAAUGUCCAAGCCCUAAACAUUAUCAUUCUCCUUCUUUAAGUAUUUUUCUUGAACAAACUGUAAAUUUUGUACCAUUAAUUCAGCUCAAAAAGCUAGAGACUUGAAUCUCACAUAACCUUUCUCACUGUUCUUACUGUCCAAGUUAUUUCAUUCCAUUCUGCUGUAAUAUUGUGAUGAUUUUUUUCCAAAAGUAUAUGAUUGUUUGUCUCACAUGCAUUGGUUUUAUUAUUAUUUUCUUUGUUAUUUUGUCCUCCAUAAUUCAGAUAUAUUUUUAUCUUUUGGCCUAAGUUGGUGCCAUGGUAUUCUUAAGGCAUAUGAAAAUUUUUCCACAUACAUUUUUUAAGAGGUUCUUUCAUGUACAUGUAAGAUAGCUAUUUUUGAUAGUUGGAAAAAAUUUAACAUUCUGCUCUUAGUUUAAAAGGGAUGGGAGAUAAAAUUAAUAAAAGUAAUGGGAGGUAUAUCUUCCAAAACAAUGAUUUUUCACAUAUGCUGUUCAUCAUUCUCGGUAGAAUUCUAUCUGAAUAUGAUUAUCCUUUCUGUAACUCUUUUUAAUAUUCUGUCUCUGUAAUAAAUAAUCUUUCAUUAGUUUUUCAUAUUUGAAAUUUUUGUAUCUUAUUCAGGGUGUAUUAUUUUUGUUAUUUUAAUUGGACGUUUUAAUGCUCUUCGUAAUAGUUUCAGCUAUUUUAAUUCUGAAUGUGAUUAUAUUUUAAGUAAUUUUAAAUUUAUUUGGAAUUGUUAUUGUAUUUUAAAUAAACAAAAAUGGAGUUAUUGGAUUUAUGUGUAUUUUAGUGUGUUCACAAAGCAGUGUGGUGUUUUGUGUAUAUAACAAAAAUUAUCCAAGAACUAAAAAUCAGUUAUAUACAUUCAGUAUGGUAAAAAAAAGCUUUUUCAAGUUCUCCUGUAGUGCUUUGCAUAGAAAGUACAUUAUCAUAUGUUUACUUUUUUCCCCAUAUAGCAAUACUGGCAAAAGAUUGAUGGCAAAAUGCCGACUAUUGUAUCAAGAGAAUGAAGAAUUAGGAAAGAUUAUUUCAUCCGGUAGAACAGCCAAACUUGAAGGUGAUUUAGCAUUACAGAAAAGUUUCAGUGAGGAAAUGAAGAAAAGUCAGUCAGAACUUGAUGAAUUCUUACUGGAGCUUGAUGAAGAUGUGGAAGGAAUGCAAAGCACUAUAUAUUAUUUACAGCAACAAUUAAGAGAGGCUAAAGAUCAGCUUCUCCAACUACAACAAGAUAAACAAAAACUAUCUGCUAUUCCUAAUGGCUCUCCUGAAAAUCAUAAAAUAUUGGGACCUGAUGAUACAGGAGAUACAGAUAGUCAAUUUUCUCAUGGACAGCUUAUUUCAGGAAAAGAUAAACUUAGUAAUGAUUCUAUAGCUUCUCUUUCAAAUGAUUUAAAUGGAACUGAAAGUCUUUCAGAUCCUAUCACAGAUAAGGGAUCAAAUUCCCAACAGCCUUGGACACCACCUCCAGAAAAAGAGGCAGAUACAAAUUCCCAAGAUGUAAAAAUGUUUGUUUUUGAUUCAGCAGCAAACCCGGCUGUUAAAAAAGAAACUUCACAUGACUUGCCUACAAAUAAUGCAUCAGAAGGCAGUGACCAUUCAGUAAUAGUAGAAAAUAAAAAUGCAGUUUCUCAUGAAAAGCAAAUUCCUUUAGCGGAAAGAACAAAUUUAGUUGAUGGUUCCGAUACUUCUCAGACUGUUCCUUCGAGGACUAGUGAACAUCCUUUGGAAGUAAAUAAACUGGUAGGAGAUAAUGAAAUUCCUGAGACUGUUGAUGCUGUUACACAAAAUAGCUCUUCUAAAAGGACGUCAGAAGGAGGCAGAGGUCGUAAACGGACUAGACCUCGCACUCCUGUUGAGGUGGAUGGCAUCAAAGAAGACUCUUUACCUGUUAGAAAACGCACUCGGCGCCGAGAAGCAGAAGCACAUCAAGGAACAGUAGAAGAAAAACGGACAUCUUUAGAAAUUGAUACAGAUACUGAAGUGCAAGUUGCUCAGACAUUAGCAUAUUGGGCUUCAGCCAAACAAGAAAGGACCGAGGUUCAGCCAGAUCCGAGUGAUUCUUCACUUGGUAAUGGUGAAUUAAGUAAAAAGGGGGAAGAUAAAUAAUAGAGAUGCGCUUAAUUAAUGUAUGUAUAACUGGUAUGAGAAAUUUAUGCGCUUUAAUGAAAAUAUAAGAGUUGAUUUAUAGACAUUUAAUCAAAUUUUUUAUAAGUUUGUUAUUUUAUGUAAAACCAUUUAUUUGUUUUUAAGUCAUUUCAUAAAAAUGGAAGUAACAUUUAUGCAAAGAAUAUUUCACUUUUUAAACCUGCUGUUUACUUUGCCCUACUUAAAUUGAAAUGUAAUUUCUGAAGUUGGCAUUAUGUACUACUGAUUGGUAAUUUUUAUUUUUACAGAUUUUUUUGGAAUAAAUUUUUCAGUGCUUUACUUUUUUGUUACAUCUUAGACAGUGUAAAGAUAACUUGUCACAUCAAACUUUUUUUUAUAAAAAUAAAAAAGAAAUAGUGUCUC